AUGUUUAGAUAUCUCAAGUGGUCGUCACGUAUCAUAGGCAAAGCGACGCAGUUCAUCAAAGACAAACUUACUCGUCCGUUUGUGGGAAUACAUCUGCGUAACGACAAGGACUGGGAGCGUGUGUGCGAACAUAUACCUUCUACGCCUGCAAGUCAACCUUUAUUCGCUUCUAUGCAGUGUGAAGGACAAGAGUUUUAUGAUGGCAAGCUGACAAAGGAGAUCUGUUCCCCUUCUGCAAGCACUGUUGUUGAACAGGUGGUCGACGUUGUCGGAAAAAUCGGUGCCCGUUCGGUUUUCGUAUCCAGUGAUAAGGACCACAUGAUUGAGACUCUGAAUGAUGCUCUUCGGGCCUACGACGUGAAAGCUUUUCGACUGAAUCCCGACGAUGCUCUGGUUUCGUUGGCUAUUCUUGGUCAAGCAGACCACUUCAUCGGUAAUUGCGUAUCAACAUUUUCCCACAUUGUUCGACGAGAGAGGACAGUUAGCAAGCCCUUGAAACCAACCUCAUACUUUGGCAUCAGAGGUCAGGAGAGGCGGAUGGAGCUUUAG